AUGGCACAGGUUCAGGGCACCAACGACGACCGCUUUGCGGAGCUUCGCAACAUCUUCCAGCAGCGCCUCGACUCGGGCGACGACCUGGGCGCCUCCAUCACGGUCAACAUUGACGGCAAGACCGUCGUCGACCUCUGGGGCGGCCACACCAGCACCGAGCGCACCGAGCCGUGGCAAGAGGACACGAUUGUCAACGUGUGGUCCUCGAGCAAGACCAUCAUCUCCCUUGCCAUCCUCAUGCUCGUCGACCGCGGGCUGCUCGACGUGCACGAAAACGUCGCCGCCUACUGGCCCGAGUUCGCCGCCAACGGCAAGGCGCACGUCAAGGUGCGCCACCUGCUCUCGCACACGUCGGGCGUGAGCGGCUGGGAGGCGCCGCUGGCGCGCGACGACCUGUACGACCGCGAAAAGGCGACGCGGCUGCUCGCCGCGCAGGCGCCCUGGUGGGAGCCCGGCACCGCCUCGGGCUACCACAGCCUGACCAUGGGCUUCCUGCUCGGCGAGCUCGUCGUGCGCGUCACCGGCGGCCAGACGAUGCGGCAGUUCAUCGCCGCCGAGAUUGCCGGCCCGCUCAACGUCGACUUCCAGCUCGGCGCCGCCGAGCACGACUGGCCGCGCGUGGCCACGCUCGACACGGGCGGCCGCGGCAGCAUGGCGCUGCCGCCGGGCGCGCCUGAAAUCACGGCCAAGACGCUGCUCAACCCGGCGCCCGACGCCAGCAGCGCCAUGUCCGCCGGCUGGCGCCGCGCCGAGAUUGGCGCCGCCAACGGGCACAGCAACGCCCGCGCCCUCGCCAAGAUCAUGUCGGCGAUUGCGCUCGGCGGCGAGGUCGACGGCGUGCGCCUGCUGUCGCCCAAGACCAUCGACCUCAUCUUUGAGCAGCAGUCGCACGGCGUCGACAUGGUGCUCCACAGGAACGUCCAGUUCGGCAUCGGCUACGGCAUCUGCCUCGCCGGCGACUCGGCCGUCAACGAGAUCCUGCCGCGCGGCCGCAUCUGCUACUGGAGCGGCUGGGGCGGCUCCAUGGUCGCUGCCGAUACCGAGCGCCGCAUGACGUUUUCGUACACCAUGAAUAAGAUGUGGAUCAACGCCGGCACGAUAGGUAACCCCAACACGCUCGCCUACGGCCGCGCUGUGUAUGCAGCCCUCGGCGUCAAGGUCGAGGGCAAGCAGGCGGGAGCGCCUUGA